UUAAUAAUAAAAAUAAUCAGAAAGUACAGAGUUCGAGGAGGGCGACAAUACUGAAACUCGUUUAUCGGGCCAUUUAAGAUAAGCAAAGUCCAUUUUUUUUUGCAGAAUUGGUUUGUUAAGUGCAUUACUACAGUGUUCUUUUGUGUUUAGUGGAUAAUUUUAAACAGGUCUCAAUAACAGUAGUAAGAAACCAUGGUUCGUGUAUUUGUAAUUGGUGUCUCUAUGACCAAAUUUGAUAAACCAGGCACCAAACCUGGAGAUUAUCCUGAUUGGGGUAAAGAGGCAAUUUUGGGUGCUCUUCGAGAUGCUAAUGUGGGAAUGGAGCAGGUUGAAUUAGCUACUGCUGGUUUUGUUUAUGGUGACUCUACAAGUGGUCAGAGGGUCAUCUAUGAAGUGGGCAUGACAGGUAUACCAAUCUUCAAUGUCAACAACAACUGUUCUACAGGAUCCACAGCGUUAAUGUUGGCAAAAGAAUUGGUAGAAUGUGGUAAAGCUCAAUGUGCCCUGGCAGUGGGUUGGGAAAAAAUGCAAAGAGGUAGCUUAGGCGCUACUUUUAUGGACAGGGCGAACCCCAUGGAGAAACACAUUGAGGUUAUGUCUGAACUUGUAGAAAUGGAUGCUUCGCCUAUAACAGCUCAAAUGUUCGGAAAUGCUGCAAUUGAACAUAUGAAAAAAUAUGGAACAAAACCCGAGCAUUUUGCUAAAAUUGGCUGGAAGAACCACAAACAUUCAGUUAAUAACCCUAACUCACAGUUUAGAGAUGAGUAUUCUUUGGAGCAAAUUAUGAAAUCACCUACUGUAUAUGGCCCUUUGACCAAAUUGCAGUGUUGUCCUACAAGUGAUGGGGCUGCAGCUGCAAUAAUAGCAUCAGAAGAUUUUGUUAGAAAGCAUGGACUUGAAGCUAGAGCUGUAGAAAUCCUUGGUAUGGAAAUGUGCACUGAUUUGGAAUCUACCUUUAAGGACAAAAGCUGCAUAAAAAUUGUGGGAUAUGACAUGGUAAAGAUUGCUUCAGAGAGAAUGUUUAGGAAAACUGGCAAACGUCCCACUGAUGUCCAAGUUGUCGAAUUGCACGACUGUUUCUCGGCUAAUGAACUUAUAACCUAUGAAGCUCUUGGACUUUGCCCCCCAGGGGGUGCCGGAUCGCUUAUUGACAGGGGAGAUAAUACUUAUGGGGGCAAAUAUGUGAUAAAUCCUUCCGGUGGUCUGAUAUCAAAGGGUCACCCAUUGGGAGCGACAGGCUUAGCACAGUGUGCUGAACUUGUUUGGCAGUUAAGAGGUGAAGCAGGUCCACGGCAGGUACCAAAUGCUAAAUUGGCCCUCCAACACAACAUAGGGCUGGGUGGUGCUGUGGUAGUAGCCCUAUAUCAAAUGGGAUUCCCUGAGUAUAACAAUAGAAGGGUGGUCGGAUCAAAAUUGGCCGGUUCCACAAACGAAGAUGACUUUAUCGCCACUCCUUACUUGAAAAUUUUACAACAAGCAAUGUUGGAAGAUGAGGAUGGACUCAUUGAGAAGCACAGAGGAAUUUAUGGUUUAAAGGUUCAAAAAGAUAAUGGUGAAGAAGGCUUCUGGGUAAUUAAUGCUACACAAGGCAAAGGCAAAAUCGAAUUUAACGGUAAAGAUAAACCUCAAGUAACAUUUAUAGUUAAAGAGGCCGAUAUACUUGAUUUGCUAACCGGUAAAAUCCAGCCGCAGAGGGCGUACUUUCAAGGAAAAGUAAAAGUUUCUGGAAAUAUGGGUUUGGCGAUGAGACUGACUGAAUUACAGAGAACCGCCGCUCCUAAGAUUGAGGCUUUGAGGGCGAAACACUUAAAAUCGAAAUUGUAAACCUGUUCAAAAUUGCAUUUUUUCUUUUUAUAUCUAGGUAUAUAUUGAGCAUUCCCAAGGGAUAAAACUUUAUCUGAUAAUGUUUAGAAAAGUUAAUAUUAUAUUGUUAUAUUUUUAUAAUUGUUGGAUUUGUUGAAAUAAAUGUAAUUAAAUAAAAUGGUGUA